AUGACUGUUGCACCAAUCCUCUCGAUUCUUAGUGCCUUAUGUCUACUUGUUAGCUUUGUUUCAAGUGCAUCAGCAGAAGUUUGCCAACCUUUUGACGAAACAUCAGGCUAUUGGGAUUGCCUCAAGCGACCACCAAAGUGGAAUCGAACUGGAAUUACAGUUGCUGGAAAUGGUACAAGAGGAUCAUCAAAUAUUCAACUUGCCUCUCCUCAAGGAAUUUCUAUCGACGAUCAGGACAACCUCUACGUAGCGGAUUAUGGUAAUGAUCGAGUGCAGAAGUUUGUACCACAUUCAAAUGGUGUUGGUAUCACAGUGGCCGGAGGAGUUUAUGCUGGAAAAAGUGUCGGUAACGCUCCCAAUCAACUCUCUUCUCCAACUGAUGUUUUCGUUGAUUCCAUUUCAAACAUCUUCAUUGCGGACUACGAAAAUCACAGAGCACAAUUGUGGACUGUCAAUGCUACAACAGGUGUAACUUUGGCCGGAACUGGUGUUUUGUACAGUGACUAUUAUGGAGUUUCUGGAAAUAAACAAGGUGACGUGUAUUUCUCAUUGAGCUGGGGUAUCGUGAAAUAUUCAUUAAAUUCAUCAUCAGGAACUUUAGUUGGUCGUAUCUCAGGACGUCCUGUAGGUCUGUUCGUCGACGCAUGUGAUAAUGUUUAUGUAGCAGGCGGCAAAAACGGCCAAAUCUCAAAAUUUACAAGUGGCAAUUCAACCGAAGAGAUACUAGAAUCUAAACUUUCUUACCCAAACGAUGUUACCCUCGAUCCAUAUGGAAAUCUGUACAUUGUUGAAAAGGAUUCGCAUAGCGUUCACCGACUCACCGUAAGCGGUAAAACGGAAGUUAUAGCUGGUUGGGAAGGCAAAAGUGGAAAUGAUUCUAAACACUUGAGUUCACCAGGAAGUGUCGCAAUGGAUUCAGAAGGAAAUAUAUAUGUGUCCGACACUGACAAUCAUCGUGUUCAAAAGUUUAUGCUCCAAGAUGGUUCUCUUGCCUGUAUUUAA